AUGACAUCUGUCAAAAUAUUUUACACUACGAGAAAGAAACUCCAUUCGCAAAAUUGUCUCCUCUCUCUGGACUUUCGCUUUAGUUUAAUUUUUUAAAUAAUAAAAUAUGGCAAAUCCAUCUGAUUUAUCAAUUGCGGUCAUAUGUUCCUCAAACAUGAACCGUUCCAUGGAAGCUCAUGGAUUUCUUGCGAAAAAAGGAUACAAAGUUCGUUCAUUUGGCACUGGCGAUAGAGUGAAAUUGCCCGGAACUGCAAUUGAUAAGCCAAAUGUAUAUGAAUUUGGAACACCAUACGAUAAUAUUUAUAAUGAUUUACUAGCCAAAGAUAAACAAUACUAUACUAACAAUGGCCUAUUACAUAUGCUAGACCGGAAUAGGCGAAUCAAAAAAUGUCCCGAAAGAUUUCAAGAUUGUAAAGAAGAAUUUGAUAUAAUUGUUACCGUGGAGGAACGUGUUUAUGACCAGGUGUUAGAAUAUAUGGCAACAAGAGAUACUAUGAAUAAACCUGUUCACACUUUUAAUAUUGACAUCGAGGAUAAUCAUGAAGAGGCUUUGUUGGGUGCUUUUCUAAUCGCUGAUAUGAUUAAUAUGAUGACAAAAUCAACAGACCUCGAUAAUGAAAUAGACGAGCUGCUGCAAGACUUUGAAACUAGACGUGGCCGAUCUGUACUACAUACGGUUCUAUUUUACUGACGUACACAUCACCAAUGUGAUAAUGCUUAUCCAAAAAAGCUUGCUUUCAACAUAAUAAGAUAUUUAAAUGAUUGUUACCACAUCUUCAUAUAUUUUUCUAUAAAUUGUAAUUUUUGUAUCUAUGUAUAAAAGUUAUUAUCAGCCUUCUUGAAUAAAAGUCAUUAAAUGUAAUUAUUUAACGAAC